AUUUGUUGUAAUUGCAUAAUUUUUGCGUGUUUCAAUGUAUUCAGUUAAUUAUACAGUUGCACAUCAUUACUGCCAUACAAAACUGCUGCAUUGAGAACUGAAUAGUUAUUUCAAUAAAAGGCUAAUUUGAAAUGGGAGAACUUUUUUUUUUUAAAUUGCGACACAAUUUCCGUAAUUCAUUCCAAGGAACAACAUUCUGCGCUCCAUAUAUUAGCUAUUUUAUAAUGACUUGUAUCGUGUAUCGCUUGGGGACGUGCAAUUCGAUAUAUAAACGCUGCAUUGCAUUGCACGUUAGCUAGUAUAGUUUGAUCUUAAUCGCAUGACGUUGAACCGCUUGCAAGAGCGCAAUCUAUGCAUACAAGUUGAUACAAAAUAUUAUCAGUUGAAAAAUGUUCAAAACUAAAUUUGAUGAAGAAAAUAAAGUGUGGAGUGGACAGGAUGUGCUUCCGACAUAUAAUUCGAAAAUAUCCGUGGCGCAAGUUGUUUUAGCCACACUCAAUACAUAUGGAUCGAGAAUAGCUCAAAUAAAUGAUAACAACGGGAUUCGAAUGACAUUUGAUGAAAUUCGCAUUAAAACCGUUCGAGCCGCUCAAAACCUUCAAAAACGUGGAUAUGAACCAAGACAGGUAUUCGGAUUGAUGGCGAAAAAUUCACAUCAUGUUGCGCCAAUUGUGUUUGCUUCGAUAAGUAUUGGCUGUCCAGUCAACACGCUUGAUCCUUCAUUUGGAAAAACCGAGCUUAUUCAUAUGCUGAAAACGACAAAACCAACUCUAAUGUUCUGCGAUGUUGAGUCCCAUGAUCUUUUGAGAGAAUGUUUAACGGAACUGGGAAAUGAUGCAAAAAUAUUCACAUUCGGUGGUAGCAAAGACGAAGCCGAAUCAGUGGAGAAUUUAUUUUCCGAAACACACAACGAAGACGAUUUUCUACCGGCGAGAGUCGAUGGCGACAACGAAACAGCUAUGAUCAUUUGCUCGUCUGGCACGACUGGACUAUCAAAAGGAGUUUGCUUGUCGCAUGCAGCGUUGCUAGACUCAAUGACGCAAUUCAGUGUUAUUGGUGUGAAUGAUGUGAUGCUAUGCUUCAGCUCGCUUUAUUGGCUAAGUGGUUUGGUUAUUUUAUUAAAAGGUACAUUGUGUGGCGCAACUCGUAUUAUAACAACUGAAGCCUAUUCACCUGAAUUACAACUUCGUAUAGUUGAACAAUACAAAGUAACGUUUGCAAUGAAUGCACCGUAUCAAUUAGUUUUAAUGAUGAAAAGUGAUCAAUUUACUAAAACCGAUUUAUCAAGCUUGAAAUUACAAAUGGUCGGUGGAAGCAAGGUACCGUUUCAUGUACAAAGUGAAAUGAAUUUCAAUCUUUCGAAUGGAAAUGUGCACGUCGGAUAUGGAAUGAGCGAAAUUGCUGGUAUUGCAUCUCUCGACUACCCGGGGCCGAGCGGAAAAGAUUCAAUUGGACGUUUGAUCAAUGGAAUUCGUGUGAAAAUUAUUGACGAUCAAGGUCAACGGUGUGGAGUCAACGUUGAUGGAGAGAUAUGUCUCAAAGUGAAUUAUCGCUUCCUCGGAUAUUAUGGCAAUCAGAAGGCAACCGAUGACCUAUUUGAUGAUGAAGGUUUCCUUAUGACCGGAGACAUUGGCCACUUCGAUGAAGAUGGAUAUUUGUUUAUUGUCGAUCGGAAGAAGGACCUUUUGAAAUAUUGCAAUUUUCAGAUUUCUCCAUCAGAGAUCGAUGCCUAUUUGAUCGAAACGCCUGGUAUUAAAUCGGCCUGUGUCGUUGGCAUCCCUGAUGACGUUGCUACUGAUCUGCCAGCAGCAGUGAUUGUACGGGCUAACGGGUCGAAUAUUUCAGAGGAAAAAGUUUUUGAUUUGGUUGCAGAUCACUUUGCGGACCAUUGCAAACUUCGAGGCGGUGUUUAUUUUGUUGACUCACUGCCAACAACACCUUCAGGAAAGGUUCUAAGAAGGAAAGUGAAAGAAAUUGCUGUUUCUUCAUUCAAUUCACAAAACGCAUUGUAAUUGUGUGAUACAUUCUAACUGUACAUAGUAUAUUAUUACACAGUAUGUUAACAAACAUACUACAAUCAUUUAUUAAAUAUUUGGUUUUUAAGUAAUUUCAAAGAAAGAUAAAAUAAAAUUGAUUAAUAACCUAA